AUGGAAUUUCCCAAUACUCCUUUUAUCGGCGGUGCAGCUGAUAUCCCUGUCAACUCUCCCUCCCCCAUCAUGUCCUUUACACCCGUUACCCUCCCAGCUCAGGACCGGAGAGUCCCUCUCGACAUCAAGAUCACAGCUCCAGCAACAGGUUCAAACCUCCCUGUCAUUCUCCUUUCCCAUGGCCAUGGCCCAAGCAACUACCUCUCAUCGCUCAAGGGAUAUGGACCCAUCGUCGACUGGUGGGCUAGCCAUGGUUUUGUGGUCAUUCAACCAACCCACCUUAGCUCCAGACAGCUAGGCUAUCAGCUCUCUGGGGAGAAUAUCAGGGAACUCUUUAUGGAUGAGCGGGUGAAGGAUAUGCAUCGCAUCCUUGACAGCCUCGACACUAUUGAGGAAACCGUUUCUUUUAUCAAGGGCCGUCUUGAUAGAGACAAGAUUGUUGUCGCUGGCCACUCCCUUGGCUCUUUGACAGCUAACAUCCUUCUCGGCGCUGUCAACACUGACCCUCGCGACGGCGAAAAGAUGCAACUCGCUGACUCUCGCAUCAAAGCUGGUUUCAUCAUGGGUGCCCUUGGCAAUGGAACCACCGAUCUUUCCCAAGCAGGUUCCACCAUGAUGCCCUUUUACAACAUCGAUUUCUCCAACAUGAAGAAACCUUGCCUUGUAGCAUGGGGUGACUCGGAUGUGAGCCCUCACUUGACAUCUCGUGGCGCAGACUGGCACGCCGACCCAUACACAGAGUCACCCAGUCCUAAGGCUUCCUUUGAGAUCAAGGGUGGGAAGCAUGGUUUCGGUGGUGUGAGCGGCUGGGAUGCGCUGGAGUGCCAGGAUGAGAGUGCUGAGAGGCUUGCCACUGUUCAAAGGUUGAGCUGGGCAUUUUUCCGAAGCCAGUUGUACCCUGGCGAUGAUUCCUGGGAGAACGCAAAGAAGGCUAUUGGGCAACAUGCGGAUAUUGGAAAGAUUGAAGAGAAGUAG